ACGAUUUAUUUCCUCGGCGAACUCACCCGGACGAAAAUUGAAGGCACUUCCAGUUCCGGCGCAUUUGUCAACAGAGCAGCAGCAGCAGCACGCGUGUUUCCAGUGAAGAUGCCGAAGGUUCAAAAAGGAAAAGCGCCGGAGAAAGUUGUUCACCCGUUCAGCCGGAAAGCUGCUUACCUCGCCCGAGAGGAGAUCAGACUGAAGAAGAAGGAAAGGCAGAAGAAUGACAAAGCAACACGUCUGAGCGGCAUCGGUGAGAGGCUGUUGUGGUUUCAAGCACAGCUGAAUCCAGAGAAGACUGCUUACACAAGAAAAGAUGCCUGUGAAAUCAUCGAAAGGUACCUUCAAAGGUUUGAUUCUGAACUUGAGCAGAUUGAGCUGAUGAACGGGAUCAAAGGUCGGCAGGGUCGUCUUCACGGUGCCAGAGAGGCCGUCAUCAAACAGACCAUCGAGCGAGAGCGAGCGCAAUAUGAGGGCGCCGGAUUGGAAAUGCCAGACAUCCUGAAUGGAAAGCAUCUGAAAACAUUCAGGGAGUGGACCGGUGAUCUGAAGAAACUUCCAAAUAUUAAACUACGGAAAGUGUCAAAUAAAGGUUUGGACACGAAGAACGAAGAAGAGGAGAAAGCUGAAGCUGAAGCGGAGGCCGAUAAUCAGGAUGAUGAAGAUGAUUUGGAUGAUGAGCAGGUGGAUGACGCGGUGCUGAUGUCGGACUUACUCUGAGGCUCCAUGGAAAAAGACUUUUUAUAGAAAAAAGUUUGUGUGCUUGUGUGGGGAAAAAUGCUGCUGGUCCAUGACUGUCCAGAAGGUGGUGCCAAACUCUCACAGCUGAACUACAUUUUUAUCAGUCUUCUCCUUUUAAAGUCGCUCAGUAACUUCACACCAGCGAGGGGUUCUACAUUCAUUGUUUAUUGCACAAACAAAUACCGUAUGUAACCUAAAUAUUAAAUUUGAUCCACUGAGACAUAGAAAAAUGGUUCUGACAAAGAUGUUGAGUGCUCUCAUGUCGUGCUGGACAUAAGACACAGAGAAAAUAAAACUUCUGUGAUGUGACACUGGUUUUAAAAAGAACCUGUAGAAAAGUGGACAAGUGCAAACAAGAGUCACCAUUUGUAGAUCGACUGGUCGGUCACUCACACAGUGUGUCAAGUCUAAUGUAAAAACAUUACCGGACGGCAGCCAUGAAAGCUCUACUUACAUCAGUGUAUAGAUAGCGGGACCUCGCAGAGCAGGACCACGUGAAGCUGCAAAACAUCAUAAACAACUGCGAUACGUGAGAUUUACUAUUUUAAGAAAUAUUCCAAACUUUCCUAUGAUGGUAAAUAAAUGUUUCAGUUUCAGACUGAGCUAAAGAUUA